UGGCACAUGAAACUACAAGGUCCAGCAGACACUUCUCUCUCUCUCUCUGCCGGCUCUCGCGUUUUCAAAAUACCCAAAGUUUGGCAACAGGAAUGAAUGCAACGUUAGUUGGCUAACUGGAGACCAGUGAACUAGGACGACACCAUGUUGGCCCGCGUGGGUGCUAUAACUACAGCAGUUCUCGGCUCUGCAGUGUUCUGGGCACAGCAGAAAAACACUGAGCCUGUACAGGCAAACUUGGAUUUGACCAAUACUCCUAGUUCUGACCAGCCCUCAUCUGAAUAUGAGCUGAGACUUGUUCAGGUACUGUUUAGACAUGGGGCGAGAACUCCACUGAAGUCUAUACCGGAUGUUUUGGAGGCGCACUGGAUUCCUGACCUCCUGGAGGUUCCAGAUCAUACCAAGAUCGACUAUGUAGUUACAGACCUACAGGGAGGCCCAAGACCCCCCUCUCCUGUGGAGGACAGCUACAGAGCCAGACCACUGGCGGGUGGCACAUAUCCGGGUCAGCUGACCACACUGGGCAUGCAACAGCUGUAUGAUCUAGGACUAAGGCUGAGGAGGAGGUACAUUCAGGACAUGGCCUUCCUUAGCCCAUACUUCAACAAUAAAGAAGUUUAUAUUCGUUCAACCAACAUCGUCCGCACCAUCGAAUCAGCCAAAUGUCUGGUAGCAGGGUUGUUCCAGCAGCAGCAGGCAGACACUGUGCCCAUCCUCACAGAAGAAGCAGAAAAAGAGAUCCUCUACCCAAACUACCAUGGAUGCAGACUUCUCAAGCUGCUCAGUGGUUCUCGUUGGGCAGAAUCAUCCACACUGCCCGACAUUGCUUCUGAUCUACAGAGCAUUCAGAGCGUGUUGGGUGUCAGGCCUCAUCAGCAUCUCGACUUCAUCCUCAUUAGAGAUGACAUGGUGGCCAGAGAGACUCACAGGCUGCCGUCCCCUGCAGCACUGGAUAGCUGGAGAGCUAAAGUAGAGCAGAGAGCUGUGGAUAUGAUCUGGCACAUCUAUGAGCCUAGUAACAGGGAGAAUCUACAGCUGUGUGUGGGUCCUGUCCUUCACAAUCUUCUCACUAAUAUGCAGACCAAAGUUCAGGGUAAUACCUCAGAUUCAGACAGGAAGCUGUUUCUGUACUCGGUGCACGACACUACUCUGAUGCCGUGCUUGAUGGCACUGGGUGUGUUUGAUAUGAGAUGGCCUCCAUAUGCUGCUGACAUCACGCUUGAGCUGUACCAACACCGGCACAACAAGCAGCACUACGUUAAAAUAUCCUACAUCGAUCAGGAUCAGAAGAUCCCCGGCUGUAGCGAUGUCUACUGUCCUCUCACAGAGUUUCAGCAGGCUAUGUCCAUGUACGCCCUGCCUGAGGAGAGCUACCACACCCUUUGCAACCGCAGAGCAGACAUCCCCACCCACUGAGCUCACACUACCUCACGCCUUUGAAAACACGCACACAAGUCUUCUAAGGCUCAACACAAGCCAGUUCUGCUCAGUUCAAGUUUACACACACUGGUGGAAGAAUUUUAGUCUGCUAUUGAUUAAUUGUUUUAAAUUGUUUUUUAGUUUUUUUGAGUAGUAUCAGCAGAUUUACAUUUUAGUUUAGGACAGUCUUGAUCAUGAAGCUCAGCAUUUACACAUCGCAUGGUCAACAAAUAAAAAUUGCAGCCUGUACUUAUUUAUUUAUAUCUUUGUUUAUAUCCUAGACAUAAUUUAUGAAGUUAUGUCGAAGAAGACUUGGUUCUAAUCGUAUCAUCAGUCACCAUAACACACAAAAUGCAGUAUGUAAGAUAUUAUGUAAGCAUAGUAAAAUCAAAUUCAAAAUGAGGCUUUAUUAAAGUGAGGUACUCCUUACAAGACAGAAAGAGAAAUAGCCCUGAAAAGUGAACUUAUUUAUUUGUUAUAAAGUAAUCAACGAUUUGCCACUUAGGGGCCACUUUGCAUUUGUGGAUUUACGUUCUUCAUGUGUGUGCUUAUUCCCCCCUCUGUGGGGUGUUUUACUGCACUGUUAGCAUAUCUGCGAUGUGAAAGAUAACGUAGGUGGUUUCACCUUAAGUAAAUAUCAGUUUUUGUGGAUUUAAUUCAGCUUUACUUCUGUCAUAAUUAUGUGUUCUUUUAGUAAAUAUAAAAAGUAUAUACAGUCAUGGUGUUAAAUUUUUUAAUAAAUUAAUGAGUAGUCAAAUA